AUGGAGCGUCUGACAGAAAUGGCUUACCAGUCUGUGCAGGCAUUGAGGCUGCAGGAGGUGGACUGGGACCUGCUGUCUUCUUAUGCUGGGCUGCUUGGCCUGGCUACGUGCUCGAUCUACGCCGGAGCUAAUGGUUCUCUUCCGAGAAAGUCAGGCACGGAAAAGAAGAAGGAUGACGAUGGCGAGGAAGACGACGAGGAUGAGGACAAUGAAGAGCGGAUGUCGUCGGAAGAUGCGUGGAUUUUUCCCAUAAUUGGGUCAAUUGCGCUGGUAGGUCUGUACGUACUGGUCAAGUAUCUCGGUACGGAAUGGCUGAACUGGAUGCUUGGCUGGUACUUUGGGGUGGCGGGGGUUGGGAGCGUCUGGAAUUCGUGGAUUUCACUAACAAGGUACCUGGUUGGGGAGACGCGGUGGAAGAAAUUUGAUCAAGUACGCAUGUCCGUGAAAAAGGGCUCGCAUGUGUUGAUUGGAAUUUCGACGCGCACGCCGUCGAUAAUUCUGCUCCCGCUGGCGGCGGUGCCGUCUGGACUGUACCUGUUCUGGGGCGACGGACGGCGAUCGGUGCUACUGACAGACCUACUGGGUGUGUCUUUUGCAUACAACGCACUGACACUGCUGCGGAUUGACUCGUUCAAGACGGGAUGCAUCCUGCUGAGCGGACUAUUUGUGUACGACGUGUGGUGGGUUUUUGGGACGGAUGUGAUGGUGCGGGUGGCGACGACACUGGACGUACCAAUUAAGCUGCUGUGGCCCAAGUCGGUUGUGCUCGCAGGGGACAGGGGAUACACGAUGCUCGGACUGGGAGAUGUAGUCAUCCCGGGCACGUUUGUCGCGCUGGGCCUGCGGUACGACCACGCACGGCAGACGGCCGGCCGGCCAUACUUCCGGGCGACACUGGCGGGAUACAUCUGGGGGCUGGCGGUAACGAUGUGGGUGAUGCACAGAUACGGGGCGGCGCAACCGGCGCUGCUGUACCUGAGCCCGGCAUGCAUGGUGUCAUUCGCGGCGACGGGGCAUUGGCGGGGGGAACUGAUGGAGGCGUGGCAGUGGAUAGACAACAGUAAUAAAUAG